AUGGCGAUCUGUACUUAUAACGCACGUACGCUUGCAUCGGAAGCGGCCAUCGAAGAUCUGAUUAUGCAAGCCAAGAAGAUCAAGUACGACGUCAUCGGACUGACCGAGACGAGACGACGUCACCCUCUCAAUGCCGUAUAUGAAACUGGAGAAGAACUGCCCUUAGGAACAUGCGACAGAGGUGUUGGUGGAGUUGGCGUCGUCGUCAACACGAGUAUGGCAAAGAACAUCGACUCUUUCGAACAACUUAGGACCCGAAUCGGACGUCUGCAGAUGAGAAGAUGUGGUCCAACACCAGCUUUGACUAUCUUCGUCGCUUACGCUCCAACAUCAAGCUACGAAGGAGAAGAAGUCGAAGCUUUCUAUAUGGACGCGGAGAAGUUCUACCGAGAAGAUCAUGCCUUUUACCAGAUCAUAAUUGGCGAAGGUUGGCCCAAGGAGAACGCCUGA